AAAGCCGCCUGCCUCCUGAGCCAGCAGGAGGGCGAACAGCCAGGAAAGGCUUCUCCGCGGGAGCAGGAAGGCUCCCUAGGUCCUUUAAAGGUCUAGGGAGAACUGCCCACAGAGAUUCGCUCCCCGAAAGGGUCCGCGACAACGCGGGGAGGACCACGUGAGCGUCGUGGCUUAGCUAUAAAAAUCCCCCGAUUGCACGAGUGUGGGGAGAGAGCACCGAGGCGAGACGCGGCCUCCCACGACACGAGAGACAAAUAGAACCUGAUACUCCUUUGUCAAUGCCCGGAGCUCUGAUGCUCCAGCCCUUAGGCGUGGGGUGUGGAGAAGCGUUGAACUUUGGGGGACUUGGCAAAGGCUUGCAGACGCCCGCGCGACUGGAUUCCCACAAACGCACAGAACUGGUUUGACCUUUAGGAGAGUUGGAGGAAGGAUAGCAGGAAUCUCAGGCAGAUCGAUCUCCUGUCCUUCACUGAGAGAGCAGCCUGGGGUUCUGGAGCGUGUCCUCCUAGGAAACCAAGAGGUCCCCGAACUGCCCCCAGCCCGCGCAUCUACACCGCAGCCGCCCUGUGAGCCGCUUCAUUUCUGAGAGUCCCGACGAUUCCCGCCGCCUUCUCCUAAACUUUGACCUGCUCUGGUCGCCCGCCGGGUCCCCGACUCCCCGCUGUCCCCUCCUCCCACGGUGGGCUCAGGUGUGGACAUGGCUACGGGCUCCAGAAGCGGAGCGGGCUCUUCUCGGCGCAACCUGGCACCGCCCGCGUAGCAUCCUCCACGCUGACCUACCCCGCUGCGGCGCUGAGCCUCUGGCGGGAGCCAAGGCAGAACUCAGAGGUGUAGGAGGCGACAACUGAGGACCCGAGGGUCCCUAUGGCCGCUGCUCCCGGGCGGCUGCUGAGCGCUGAAGAGCUCGCCGGCUGCGCUCAGGGCUCCGAGCGACUCUGAGCUGCUGCGCCGGCGGACAUCGCCCUCGCGGGACCGCGGAGGGUCAAGGACCCGAAGAGCAGAGACGGUGGUGGCGGCUGAUCCUCCCUUCCACAGGGCAAUGUGGCCGGCCGGUGCGGGCACCAAGCAGCUCUGUGCCCGAGACUCCGCGCUCCGGCGGGCGGCGUUCUCGGGCAAUCUCACCGCCCUGCCUUCUCACCUAGUACCCGCCGGCCGCAGCGUCCGGGUCUUCAUCAGCGCCAACCCUGAAGAUACAGGAGCAGAACGGCAGGCGCUAAGAGAAACUGUGUAUCCAAAACUUCGAGAAUUCUGCAGAGAAAACUAUGGGUUGGAAUUUCAGGUCAUAGAUCUGUACUGGGGAGUUGAGGAAGAUGAAUGGGACAGCCCGGAGCUGCAGAAGAUGCGCAUGAAGCUGCUGGAGGAGUGCUUGAAAAGUUCUGCAGGUCCAUGUUUUGUUGUGGGUAUAAAAACACUAAUGCUUUCUUCUAUUCAGUCAUGAGAAUGUUCAAAUGUGUGCUCAUUGGUGGGGGUUAGGUUUCUGGGUUUCGUUUUAUUAUUCUUUGUUUGUUUUUGUUUGUUCCAAGAGGAAGCUUUCUUAAAUAUUUAUUUUAAAGAAAUUUAACUGUCUUCUUAUCUACACAUGUAAAAGGGAAAAAUAUCUCUCCAGCUUUUCACAAGGAAUGUUAUAGAUGAAUGGUGAAAUUGUUGAAAUAUUCAUGGCUAGAAUGAGUGGAGUUGACUGGCUAUCCAGCUUGCAAUCAGCAAUAAGGAUGGCUCUCUCAGUCCUGCCAUAACUAACAUAGCUUCCCCUGUCUAGCUGCAUGAUUUAGACUGUUACAGUAUCUUUUUAUUCCCUCAAUAUUUCUUUAAAUACAAUGGCUGAAAGAUUUCGUAAAGUCAACCAAACAUGCUAGUCAAACCCAACAGGAAAUGGUACCUCAUGAAUUUAUGUCUACAGUGAUUUCCAGACUGAGGUUCACUACAAGCGUCAAACAUGUCAACAAAGUCUUUUCAUGAAGAGCAUCACUAUUAGCUAAGUGUGCUGUUCUGAAGAGGGCAUCCUCCUCUAUGUAAGCACUGUGGUAGUGGUAUAAGGAGAUCAGUUCUGUAGUGGGUGAAUGUACAAAAUCACUUCCACACCUUGUGUAAGAAAGCCGUAUCUUGAAUCCAAAACAUGUCUAGUCAUCCAUGGGAGCUGAAACAGGAUGCUCCGAGGCAUAACCAUCAUGGUGGGAAAUAUGGCAGCAGGAAGGCAUACAUGUACUGGAGAAGUAGCUGGGAGCUUACACUUUGAGAUGAUAACACAAGGCAGAGUGAGAGCCAAAUAUAGAAUGAAUGGGGUUUUGAAACUUCAAAAAGUAUUCCUCUCUCGGAGCCCCCAAGUGACACACUUCCUCCACCAAGGCCACGCCACUUCAAAAAGCCACACCUCUUAAUCCUUCCCAAACUGUUCCACCAACUGAGACCAAGCAUUCAAACAUAUGAGCCUUCGAGGACCAUUAUCACUCAAACUACCACAGUAUUUCUAUAAGAGAGUUUUUAAUGUUAGUUUGUCUAUCCAUACUCAUUCAGAUAUACAUACUAGACCCUGCAGUGAUUUCAGACCUGACUGGCUGGUGGGAAAGUUCUUACCAAAGACAAUGAAUUGAAUUAAGGUUUGUAUGUUUCAGGGGCUGUUGUUAAUAUUGGACAUGUGCCAGGGUAAGGUAUGUGGUAGUGUCUUUGGGGUGCCAGAUUCUCUUGAUUCAAACUUAUCAAUGAGCUAAGACAAUAAGAUUCCCCACCCUCUUGAAGCAUGUAUCUUUAUGUGGUUAGAAGUAGAAAGGGGCAAGCAAAAACCUAAAUAUAAUAACAUGUCAGAUAGUGAUCAACACAAUAGAGGAAAUACUCAGAAAGAGGAGAGAUUAUGAUAUCAAUGGGAGACCAUGAAAGGAAAAUGGGGUGGAAAAGAACCAGGCUGAUAUUGUAGAUGAGAGAUCUUCAAGGAGUGGCUCUCAGGCAUGUCCUUGGCAUGUUCAGGGCACAGCAAGCAGGCCACUGUGCCUGGAAGAGUGGGAGCAAAGGAGGAAGAUACAGGAAUGAGAGACCUUUAGAAUUUAUUUUUAAAAGUAUUGUGCAUCCUUGUGCUCAGUAUAAUUAGGAACCAUCAAUCUCAUAAAGAAAAUAGUAUUAAGAGAAUAAAUAUUCCACUUUUACUCUGAGUGACAAAGGAAGUCAAAGAAAUGUGUUGAACAAAUUGGGGAAAAAUGAUCCUACUGAUCUCUUAAGAACCAUCUUACUGUGGGUCCAGAGUA